AUGUUAGAAAUUCCUUUUAAGAAUCUCACUCAUUUUGAAAAUAAUUUAAAAAAUGCAUUAAAAGAAAUUGAAUCUACAGAUACCACUUUCGAAACAGAAGCUGAAAUUAAAAAUUCUCUGAAUUCUAUGUUCAUUUAAGGUUCAACUUUUGAACUAAUUAAAUAAAAUGAUAAACCAAAAAUCUUUGCUUAAUUUCUCUAGAAAUAGGUUGAUUAAGCUAUUUUCAAAAGGUUCUUGAACUUAAAUUAGCCUUAUGAAUUAAAUAGUGACUUAAUUUAUUAUGGCUAAUUUUAUAAUGAGAAAGCACAUGGUUUUGGUAAACUAAUUUCUAAGAAAUCCUCGAUAUUAUUUGAAGGCCAUUUUAUUUUUGGAUAGAUCCAUGGUUUAGGAAGAUUAAUUUUAAGUACAGGAGAUAUUUUUGAAGGAAGAUGGUUUUUUAAUAAAAUUUUAUUCGGAACAUAUUAUAACGAAUUUUUAAAGCCUAUAAUUCAGAUCAAAGAAUUUUACUUAGAUUUUCCUUAAAUACGAACAGAAUAAAACUAUAAUGGAAAUCUUAUGAAUCAUAAAAGAGAAGGGUUAGGAAGAUAUUAAUGGGAGGAUGGAACUCAUUAUUUAGGAAAUUUUAUUGAUAAUCAAAUGUGUGGAUUUGGUAAAAUGAUCUAUAAAGAUGGAAGAAAAUAUUUUGGAUAUUGGAAAAAUAGUUAAAUGAAUGGAUAUGGAUAAUUUGAAUGGCCUAAUGGAUAAAUAUACAUUGGUUCUUACAGUAAAGAUCUAAAAAAUGGAUUUGGUAUGAUUAUUUUAAAUGGGAGAGUUGAAAUCAAACAAUUUUAAAAUGGUAAAUAUCUUUCGAAGAGUACAGAUACUGACAAUAGAUGCUGA